UGCAAAAAUGUCGUCGUCGCAGGUCCCCGCGGGCGCAGACCCUAAAAUCAAAGACAUAAUCACAUCUUUAGACGAUGAAAAAAUAGAUAUGUUGGCCGCUACGAGUGUGCUGCAGCAACGGGCGACGGACAUCCGUUCGCAAAGGGUGAACUGGCAGUCGUACUUCCAGUCGCAGAUGAUCUCGCAGGAAGACCACCAGUUCAUCACAGCUUUCGACACCUCGGAUGGCCACAAACGCGAGCAGUUGCUGCAGACCGACCGCAUGCAAUGUGCGCAGACGUUCCUCAAUCUCUUGGGGCACGUCUCCAAAGACCAGACUUUGCAGUACAUUCUGGUCCUGAUUGAUGAUAUGCUCCAGGAGGAUCGCACCCGCGUGGAGAUUUUCCACGAGUACGCCAACAAGAAAAAGGAGUCGGUCUGGGGGCCCUUUUUGAACUUGUUGAACCGCCAGGACGGCUUCAUCACCAACAUGACGUCCAGAAUCAUCGCUAAAAUCGCGUGUUGGUCGCAAACCCCCAUGGAACGGUCAGAUUUGCACUUUUAUUUGACCUGGUUGAAAGACCAACUGAAGAUGCAGUAUGACGAAUUAGCUGCGACUAUGGCACAAAACGACGUACUGAGGGGAGAACAAGCCACUGAAAGUUAUACUGAGGUUGCUUUCAGCAUCGAUGAGCAACAAACACCUAACGAAAUUACGAACAACGAGUACAUCCAGUCCGUCGGCCGCUGCCUCCAGAUGAUGCUCCGCAUCGACGAGUACCGCUUCGCCUUCGUCUCCGUGGACGGCAUCUCCACCCUCCUCUCGGUCCUCUCCGGCCGCGUCAACUUCCAGGUCCAAUACCAACUCAUCUUCUGCCUCUGGGUGCUCACCUUCAACCCGCUCCUCGCCGAGAAGAUGAACAAAUUCAACGUAAUCCCGAUCCUGGCCGACAUCCUCAGCGACUCCGUCAAGGAGAAGGUCACCAGGAUCAUCCUGGCCGUGUUCAGGAACCUGAUCGAAAAACCCGAGGACUCGCAAGUCGCCAAAGAGCACUGCAUCGCGAUGGUGCAGUGCAAGGUGCUGAAGCAGCUGAACAUCCUCGAGCAGCGCAAAUUCGACGACGAAGACGUGGCUCAAGACAUCGAGUUCCUGACCGAGAAACUGCAGAACUCGGUGCAGGAUUUGAGCUCGUUCGACGAGUACGCGACUGAGGUCAAGUCGGGCAGGUUGGAGUGGUCGCCGGUGCACAAGAGCAAAUUCUGGAGGGAAAACGCGCAGCGGCUCAACGAAAAGAAUUACGAGUUGUUGAGGAUUUUGAUUCAUUUGUUGGAGCAGAGUAAGGAUCCGUUGGUCUUGAGCGUAGCGAGUUAUGAUAUAGGGGAGUACGUGAGGCACUACCCGAGGGGAAAACACGUUAUUGAACAGCUAGGUGGGAAACAACUGGUGAUGCAGCUGUUAGCCCAUGAAGACCCCAACGUCCGCUAUGAAGCUUUAUUGGCAGUCCAGAAAUUGAUGGUUCAUAAUUGGGAGUAUCUGGGACGGCAGUUAGAGAAAGAACAGAGUGACAAUAAGUCCGCCCCCAAAGGCGGCGUUGCUGUACCAGGCAAAGCAUAAGUAUAAAAAUAAAACGUAUAUUUAUAGAUGCGAGUUCGCCUUUUACUGUUAUAAUAUUUAAUAAAUCAGACUUAUUGUUUCAAGUUUUUUGAUGUAAAUAACUGUAUAGUUAACAUUCCUAAGAGCUUGUUUGGUUUUUCGUGGUACAUAGCGAUUUUAGUAUUAUAUUUUAUUGUAAAUAUUGUUCAUUUGAAAUGUUUAAAGGUGUAUUAAUAAAAUUAUGUGAUUAGAAA